AUGUUCUCAUGUUGUGAACCAUUAAAUACACAAUUAAAAGGUACAUUGACAGAUGAUACAAACUCAUCAGUAACAAGAUCAAACAGAAAUUAUUAUUAUUAUUGUGGAUGUCGACCAUAUUCAACUAUUGGUUGGACAGAACAUGAAAACUUAAGAGAUGAACGUGCUGAAGCAUUUCGAUCAUUAUUAUGGCCUGGCGUAUAUGAAUGGAGUUAUCUAAUGCGUGCAACAUGUGCUGGAACAUUUAUCAUUCCACCAGCUAAAGCUGAAGAAAUGUAUUCUCCCGAAAACCUUGGUCGAUGUACAACAGAAAAGGUUAUCAUUGACUAA